UGCCUCUCUAGUGUUCUCUCUCUUGCUGUUCUUGUUUAACUAGGGUUUCUCAAGCCUUUGAAUUUCACUCACCUUGGCACUCAAGAUCCUUCCUUUCUGAACAUGGACGCUCAGAGAGCUUUGCUAGAUGAGCUUAUGGGUGCAGCCCGUAAUCUCACUGAAGAAGAGAGAAGAGGGUUCAAGGAAGUCACUUGGGACGAUAAAGAAGUUUGUGGCAUGUAUAUGAUUCACUUUUGCCCUCACGAUCUCUUUGUUAACACGAGGAGUGAUCUUGGAGUGUGCCCAAAGAUCCAUGAUCCAAAAUUGAAGGAAAGCUUUGAGAAGUCCUCCAGACAUGAUCAAUAUGUGCCAAAGUUUAAAGCUGAUCUGUCUCGAUUUUGUGAGAAAUUGGUGUCAGACUUAGAUAGAAGAGUUAGACGUGGUCAAGGGCGCCUUACACAAGAAGUGGAACCUCCCCCACCUCUCCCUAUCACAGCUGAAAAAUCUGAGCAGUUAUCAGUGUUGGAGGAAAAAAUUAAGAACUUGCUGGAACAAGUGGAGACACUUGGUGAAUCCGGAAAGGUGGAUGAAGCUGAAGCACUCAUGAGAAAGGUGGAGUCUCUUAAUUCUGAAAAAACAGCUUUGACACAUCCUCCCAUCAACGAAAAACUGCUGCUGGCACAGGAGAAGAAAAUGGCUUUAUGUGAUAUAUGUGGAUCAUUUUUAGUUGCAAACGAUGCUGCAGAGAGGACACAGUCUCAUGUUCUUGGAAAACAGCACAUUGGGUAUGGCAUGGUUCGGGAUUUCCUUGCAGAAUACAAGGCUGAAAAGGAGAAGGCCAAGGAAGAGGAAAGAUUGUCUAGGGAAAGAGAGGCUGAAGAAAGGAGGAAACAGAAAGAGGAGAAGGGCGGAAGUGAUCCAUCUGAUCGAUAUCGUGAUCGUGAUCGAGACAUGGAUAGGAACAGAUGUGGUAGAGGAGGAAAUAGGGAAGGUGGUGGGGUAAGGGGACAGGACUGGAAGAACAAUAACAGAAAUGGUGGUGUCAGGGAUAAUAGGCGGUCUGAUCGAAGCACAUAUGUUGGUCGCCAUAGGAGCAGGUCACGUUCCCCUGUUAGUCGUGGUAAUAGGAAGUCGUCGAGAAGUCCAGAUCGACCAUAUUAAUGGAUUCAAUAAAAUUAAUGUCUGAAUUUAGUUCAGAGAAGAGGUAGACGAUCUUUUCAUAACUUGCGAACUUUUACAUUCAUAUGUGUGAGUUUUGGGAUGUUAAAUCACUCUGGGAAACCUUUUUCUUUUUUUAACAGCUAUUUGAGACUUAACAAAUCUUCUAUCAUCAAAACCUUAUUUGUGGAGAAAAAGGGUUGAGGUAGGCCCCCUCGUUAUCUAUGUUUUUGGUAUUUCGUUAAAUAUCCAUCGAUUGAAUAUGCAUACAUCAGCACAUUCGAAUGGAUAUGCUUCGAGUAUAACUGCUGCCAAAGGUAACCGUAAGUAUGAUCAUAUGACAUUUUGAACUGUCAGUUUGGGUUCAUUUUUUCUAGGGUUGCUUCUAAAAUAUGAAUGAAUGCAUACAUGGUUUUUGGGGAACUUCAGUUGAUGGAGUUGAGCUUUCAACAAAGCAGUGUAACUAGAUUGACUAGUUGCAAAUGUUCUAAUGUCAUCUCCUCCAUGUAUUAUGUGAGAGACUGAGGUAACAUUUCUUCUUCACAAAGGCCUUGUUUGUUUUUUGGGUGGACUUGAUAUGAAUUGCUGACAUAGAUCAAUCAGAUCAACAGAAGCUCAAUAUUAUUAACAUCCGAGACGAUAAUCUUUUGAACUCCUGUCCGAGGUAACUGAAAUCUUAAGGCUAUUUGUAUUCUAUUCUAAGAAAUGCAGGGAAGUCGGAUUUGAGCAUUUCAUGAAAUUGGUGAUUAGAACUCGGAUUAUUCUCUUGACUGGAAAUUGAGAGAGCACGCAAUAAGGUGUAGAGAUUUGUUGAGUGUUUCGUGUCUUGUGUUUGGCUUGUCUCCAAAGAAAAAAAGAAGAAGCUAAACUAGUAUAGAGAAUCUAUUUCUAAUGUAGAUUUUUAAUUUGUAGUUGAUAGAUAUGCUUAUAUUCAUUACCUUGAGAUACAUUUAAAGUUUGAACUACUAUCUAUUAUUAAAUGGACCUGCGUUGUAAAAAAAUAUUUUUUUCAUAUAUA